AACGACAGAAAGUGCGCGAUUUCGGUAGAGACAGAAACCCUAGCCAAAGCAAAUAGCUCCGAUUGAUUAAGCGUUUGAUCUGAGAGACUGCGACGAAGUCGUUAGAUUGAUAUGACCAACAGCUCAUCCUCGAAAAAGCACGGUCAAGAUCAGCCUGAAUUAAGUGGUCCUACCCCCAAAUCUCAUCGAACCAAAAUGGGAAAAUCCGAAGACACCGAUAAGAAGAACUUAGGUAAGAAGCUCAAAGAUGUAGAAAUAAGUGUUCCAAUAGUGUAUGGGAAUAUUGCAUUCUGGCUUGGGAAAAAGGCUAGUGAGUAUCAGUCACAUAAAUGGACUGUGUAUGUUCGUGGAGCAUCAAAUGAGGACCUUGGGGCAAUAGUAAAGCGUGCUGUUUUUCAAUUGCAUUCAAGUUUUAAUAAUCCCACACGAGUUGUGGAGUCGCCGCCUUUCGAGUUGUCGGAGGCGGGAUGGGGUGAAUUUGAAAUUGUGAUCACACUUCAUUUCCACAGUGAUGUUUGUGACAAACCUUUAAACUUAUAUCAUCACUUGAAAUUGUAUCCAGAGGAUGAAAACAGCUCCAUGUCAACAAAGAAGCCUGUUGUCGUGGAGUUAUAUGAUGAGAUAGUUUUUCCUGAUCCAUCGGAGGCUUUUUUGUCCCGUGUGCAAAACCAUCCAGCAGUGAACGUGCCGAGAUUGCCCCCCGGGGUUACCUUGCCUCCACCAAUACCUGUUGAGGAUGCAAGUAAAAGAAGGAAAGGCGAUACCAAAGAUCAUCCCUUAAGCCAAUGGUUCACAAAUUUCUCAGAAGCAGAUGAACUCUUGCAGCUUGCAGCAGCUCGUCAGCAGGUUCAAGCUCAUAUUGCUAAACUCAGACGACAGAUUAGUUUGAUAGAUGGGCAGCAUCAUCAAUACUUCAAAUCUUCUUCUGACCAGUAAAUGUACAAUUCGGAUCUUUAAGGUUUGUUUUCGAAUUAGUGAGGUGGCAGAGGAAUGAGUCGAGUAUGUGUUUUCCCGAUGCUAGUUUCUCUCUAAUUCUCUUCGGCUGUGUAAUCAUUGAUUUCAUUUUUGUCUGCGUUGUUGUAAUUGUCUAAGAUUAGUUUGUCCCUGUCAAUAAACAAGAGGCCAAAUGUGUAUGAUUUGCUCUUUAAUUUAUUUAUAAUUUUAUAUAAUAUACAUUCAGUAUA